GGAACUUCCGAGUCAGGAAAUGUUUUUGACAUACCGCGAAAAAUAGAACAACCCACUUUAUACAUACUUGCUCUGUUUUCACCAGUUCAUAGAGAGAAAUGAAACAAUUCAAAGCACAGUUCAUUUUCUCUUGGGUUUUAUGUAUUUCAUGUUUCAUUACUAGGGCAGUGGAUUGUCAGAAAUGGUUUUCAGAGAAAAACGUAACACGAUUUACAUCUAUCUUGGAAGAAAGAGUACGGCGACUUAUGAAAUGUGGAGAUAUACCCGGACUUAGCAUUGCCGUCGUAAAAGGAAACACGACAGUAUUAUUAAAAGGACUUGGGUAUGGUGAUGAGAAACGGCAGACGUUUGUGAACGAAGAGUCUUUGUUUUGCAUCGCAUCUCUGACUAAAGCAUUUACGUCAACUCUUAUCGCAAGCUUGUUGGGAGAUAACGCUAAAAACGUUACAUGGGACACUCCUAUUCGAGCCAUCCUCGGUCACCACUUUUCUUUAGAGGACGUCAACAGCUCAGAGACUGCGUCACUUCGUGACCUACUCGCACACCGCAUGGGUUUACCACGCUUUGACCUUGCCCGUUUCUCUACAUCUUUUAGGAAAGAAUUUUACAAGCGUUUAAAAUUCCUCCACCCCUCUGCGCCGCUGCGGCAUAGGUUUAUUUACAACAACUGGAUGUACUUCUUAGCAGCCCGCGUCUCUGAGAAACUUGGAGGGAAACCUUGGGAAGAACUUUUGCAGCAGCGUAUCUUUGAUCCACUUAAAAUGUCGUCAACGACCUUCACCAGUAAGCUUCAUACAAAUUCAGUAAGAUUUGUACAUGCUUUGAUUAGGACGACAGAAACAGUGGCAAAUGUGGACCCACUUCUACAUAGAAAAUUUAGCCUUGAUGGUGCCGACUCUAUAUGCUCUACAGCAGCCGACAUGGUAAAAUGGCUGAAAUUUCACGUCAGUGCAGGCAAAAGCCUUGAUGACCAUCAGCUGAUUAACUCCGAAUUGCUGCAAGAUACACACACGCAGCAGAUAAGUCAGCAACUGUUGCCGAAAGUGAGGCAAAACGAUCAAUUCACACAAAUGGUGGAAGACGGUUACGGACUUGGCUGGGGAACGGGAAAUUAUAGAGGCGAUCCCGUAUUGACACACUCAGGAGACCUUUUUGGCUACACUUCAAAAUUAACCAUCCUGCCUCAAUACAAAUUAGGUAUUUUCACCAAUAGCAAUGGACCUGCAGGGAGUGGUGUGAGCGAAGUGGCACACAAGUUAUUACAUAGCCUGCUGGCAGACGCUGUGCUGGGAUUUCCUAAACAGAUUAAUGAGCGUGAAGCGUGCAUUGUGUUGCAAUCUCAACAGAAGCAAUCAAGUCUCCAACAGCAUGAGUGGAAACGACAAAGCCUACAAAGCAGCCAACUGUUGUUUGAACAAAGCAAACCUUUCACAGGAGUUUAUGUUCAUUCAGGAUUGGGAAUUAUUAACAUCUCAUACACCCCUGAGAAAACAUUACUUCGAUUAACCUAUGACAAUGUAUCUUCAUAUAUUUGCCCAAGUGAAAUUGUUGAUAGGUUUCUUAUGGAACCAACAGGAGUUUUAAAGACCAUAUAUGGAGUGGAACCUGUGUACAGACAUUUAUCAUAUAUAGAAUUUAUAAGAAAAUUUAAUGGUGGAGUUUUAGGAGUAGCUAUCCCUUUGUUUGAUUGGGAAAACCCACCUAUAUUUGUUAAACAUGUAGAGGGACAAACUCCAUCUGAUACACUUGCUGCAGAGUAUCAGAUCUACAUCAGAGAAUUUAAAAAGUCUUUUUCUACCUCCAAGGCCAGUUGCAACUCCAGUUUUACAAUCAUCUUUUACUUGUUAACAUUGACUAUAUAUGAAUUUUCUUAGCCAAUAUCUUCUUGUCUUCUUGCUCAGGAACUUUUCUCUGUUGUUGUAAAACGUUUGAAAAUUAUAUUUCCAAUAGAGAACUUUCAGAACUUACAUGGAAUAAAUAUUUUGUGCAUUUA